AUUUGUUAAAUAGUUUCUCACAUAAGAGUUGUCUCCUUAGAUUUUUGGAAGAAUCCAAUGUCGAAAACGCUGAGACGGAAGUUGUGAGUGAGCUGAAGUGGCUACUAGAGCAGAAGCUUGAAGUCGGCCAGGACAAGGAGGCGCUCUCCAAUCUCCAUUCACACCUUUUGCAAAAAAAUUAUUUGUAAUUUGCUUCGUCGGAAUGACGAGGCGAAGGAACAACUUGCCAAGUAUCAAGAGUUGUCACCAAAGAAGUUUGAAGUGGAGGUAGAGGACCGCACAAGAACUCGAUUCUCUUGAACGCGAUGCUUUCCAGAAAAUUGCUCAACUUCGCGACUCUUCUACCCCUCCUUCUUCUCAACAAUUCAAUCUACAACAACACCAUUUUCGAAAACCACCGUCUGCCAACCAUUCCCAACCCUUCCCACCAAACCCCAUUUCCGAUUCCGUCCUCAGAGGGAGCUAGAGCAUUACCCUCCUCAUUGAAACCAGGGACAAAACAAGAUGAGCCUUCUAAAGAACUGCCGAAGUUUUCUGUCAAACUUUUUCUUCAGUCACUCCAGAGGAGAGGAACCACCGCCACCGUUAUUCUGUUGUGUCCUUCACCGUCGACGUUGGAGAGGGUCACCGGAGCUGCUGAUGCUCCAUCCCCUUGUUUUCUUUGGGCUGUUGGCAUUACUGCAGUGAGAAUUGAAAUUGUUGCUACUACCCAAUCCAAAUUCUGCACUCUUUCGUACCAUUUAAUUCGGCACUCCGGGUUUGGUCUAUUCGGUCCCUUAGGACCACGCUGUGAGUAGGCUUUACAUUUAUAAUUGUUUGAUUGUGCAUCUAUAAUUAUUUUGAUAUAUAUCAAUUAUGAUUUUUGAAUUAUACUCACUAUAUUUGUUUUGAAUGAUUUUAAAUGGAUUAGAAUAGUUGAUUUUUUAGAAUUAAAUAAUUCGUUUUUAUGAAGUUUAUACUUUCAAAACUAUACAUGAGACUAUAUAUAUUUUUGAAGAAGUUUUGUAUUAUUCUAAAAUGUUUGAUUUUAAUUGAAAAUCUGUUUUUAAAGCAUUGAAGUAUUUGUUAGUACUCACUUUAAAGGUUGUGAAAUAUAUUUGAAAUUUCUUAUGAUUGAAAAAGUAAGAUUGGAAAGAUUUCUGAUGAGAAAGUAUAAUAUGAUUUGAUUUGAUUUGAUAUCUUAUAUAUUUGAAAGAUCAAGGAUUUAUUGUAUUUGAAACUAUAUGUUUUGAAUUGGUUUGGAGGCUCGU